UCCUCGAAACCAGCACUUGAGCCAACUGUCCCAGACAACACCACUCCAGCUCCAAGAUGAAGUUCACCAUGGCCAUCGCUCUCACCUGUCUCCUCGCCUGUGUCCUGGCCGCUCCUCCGGCCAGCCAGCAGGAAGCCCAGGUGCUGCGCUUCGACAGCGACGUCCAGCCCGAGGGCUACAAGUUCGCUGUGGAGACAAGCGACGGCAAGUCGCACCAGGAGGAGGGCCAGCUGAAGGACGUGGGCACCGACCACGAGGCCAUCGUGGUGCGCGGAUCCUACGCCUAUGUGGGUGACGAUGGCCAGACCUACACCAUUAACUACGUCGCCGACGAGAACGGAUUCCAGCCCGAGGGAGCCCAUUUGCCCAGAGCCGUUCAAUAAAUCGAAUCCAUCUCCCCACAAGGAACCCGAUUGAAAGUCAAUCGCCAAUCAUGUUCCAGUCCAGCGUAAAUGUGUUAACUAUGUUUAAGUUUCGGCGGAAAAGCAUCAUGCUUUUCGUAUUAAA